AGUAAUGUCAUUGCAGUCCAAAGGAUUAUCAGUGAAAUGCACUUCGAUCAAUAAUCAAACCUUAUCAAAAAGUAAUGUAUUAAUCUCUAAUUCUUAACUUCUAAUUAUUUUCUUGAUCGAAAAUGUAUAUAUAUAUAUAAUAAAAAAAAAACCCCAAUAAUAUCAUCCAAUUAUUUGGUCUUCUCCAUCUCAACCUCAACCUAUCCGAACACCCGGCCCCUCCCCCACCAAAAUCAUAUCCGUCCACGUCACUACCCUCUCCAACCGAAUAAACCCAUAGGCGCCCUCGGAUAUGCUCCAAAUCCCUGUGCUAUAACCGGGUUCAUUCCGGUAUAUCCUUUCUUCUUCAAUUCCUCCCAUUUUUAAACUCCCAACAUGAUCAAAAAGCAUAACUAAAAUUUAGCAAAGUUAUCCAAUCGAAUAUUCCAAAAUAAAUUCCCCAAAACCCAUUUCUUUAUAAAGCUUCUCCGCAUCUCCUCCAUUUUCAAAGCUCCACUAAACUUCCUAACCACUGCAGUACAUUAAAAACGGAUAGAAGAAGAAACUGUGAGACAAGCAUACCUGCUGUCUCCUCCUGCUGCGGCGAUAAUUAAUGGCGGAAUUUGGGAGAACGAAGACAAAAAGAGUGACUGGCCUGCUCGAUGACAAGGCCAGGGCUCGACUCGUCGGUGUGGAGGCAGUGGAGCCCAGCUACGUUAGCGGUGGAAGCGAACAUUCUGGAGAGGAGUUUCCUUGUCUAUCGGAACUCGUUCAUAGUUUCUUUGAAGAGGACCACCGUGGAAAGUCGACUGGCUAUGACUCGGACUCGGACCGGGUUGACUCGGUCCAUGAUUGCUCUGAGGCGCUUGAGGUUAUUCUUCGGUCGACGUCGCUCGGCAAUCGGGAUUCGUACAGGGGAUCACUGUUGGCUCAGGUUUUGAAAGCAAUUGAAGUGUUAUCCUGUUUCAAAACGGACAAAACUGUUUUUAAUAGGAAAAUCGCGGCGUUUCUUCGUGAAUUAGGAUACAAUGCCGCGAUCUGCAAGACUGAAUGGAGUUCCUCCGGCGGCUUAGCGGCGGGGAAUUACGAGUUCAUCGACGUCAUACAAUCGAUCUCCGUCGCAUCGCAAAACCGGUACUUCAUCGACAUUGAUUUCGCCUCCCAAUUCGAGAUCGCGCGUCCGACGAGCGAGUAUUCAAGACUGUUGCAGUCUCUACCUCGAGUUUUCGUCGGGAAGACCGACGAAUUGAAGAAGAUCGUGAAGGUAAUGAGCAAUUCGGCGAUGAAUUCGCUCAAGAGCAGAGAGCUGUCGCUGCCUCCUUGGCGAAAAAAUGGGUACAUGCAAAACAAGUGGCUCGGACCGUACCGGAGAGUGGUGAACCAGAUCGCGGCGAACUCGUCGACGCCGGCUAUCCCUCCCGUCAACACCGUUAAUUGCCGUUACGUCGGCUUCGACGACGCCUUAAAUGGCCGUUUGUUUGUCCGCACAAGAUGAUUGGCAUCUACAUGGUAGUAAUUAAAAAGAGGAAAGGGGAAAAACGGGAUAAACAAAAUUAAUAAAAUACGCGGACAACU